GGGUGAAAAGCAAAGGACUGAGAAAAAAGGAGAGAGAGGCAGCUUGUAUGAGGCAGUAGUCAAUCACUCAGCACAGCCCGCCAGAGAGAGAGAGAGAGAGAGAGAGAGAGAGAGAGAGAGAGAGAGAGAGAGCAAGAGAUUGGAGAAGCAGCCAGUCGCUCGUCCCUCACUCCAGGCUCUAAGUUUAUAGGCAGCCAGGCAGAUUUUCUUGGCUUCGACACAGCGCUCAUGACAGGAUUAGGAGCCGGGGACGCGGGACCAACCGGAGAUCUGCAGGUCCUAGUGGACAAGCCUGGGCCAGAUUCUCUCCCUGCACAGCUGUGACCGGCCUCCCGUGUCCCGUCACACCAAUCAUCCGACAACAGUCUUCCAAGGUUGACCUGAUUACAGAGAGGCCUCCCUUCCUCUCCUCUCCUCUCCUCUCCUCUCCUCUCCUCUCCCAUCAUGCGUCUCCUCACCACCCUCCUCCUCUUACUGCUCCUCCGGUCAGCUGAGCCCCGGAGAGGCCCUCGGUCGGGGGCUUUGGAGAGGGGCGCUGGGGGCCGUGUACGGGGCAGAGGCAGGGCCGGAGUGAUGAGACGUCAAACUCAAGAGUGUAAGGAAUACAUGGAGGCAGGAGAGAAGUACCUGGACUGCCAGGACAGGCAGCUGACCACCGUGAUGCAGGACUGGCCCAAAGAUAUUCACCACCUGCUGCUGGCAAGAAAUAAGAUCCAGGUUCUGAGGGACAACAUGUUCUCCCAGUUCACCCAGCUAAAGAGCCUGGACCUCCAGCAGAACGACAUCUCCAUGGUGGAGGAUGGAGCAUUCAGCGGCCUCUCCCAGCUCACCACCCUGCUCCUCCAGCACAACAGAUUGAAAACAGCCACCGAGGAGGUCCUGCUCCCUAUGCCCCGCCUCACCUACCUCCGUCUCUAUGACAACCCCUGGAGCUGCCACUGCCAAUUGGACAGCCUGAUCAGGACCCUGCAGGUGCCUAGCAACCGCAACCUGGGCAACUACGGCAAGUGCGCGGAGCCCCAGUCGCUGAGGGGCCAGAAGCUAAGGAAGCUGAAUGUGGACUUGUUGUGUGCGGGUGACAACCAGGUGGACAGGAGGCCGGGGGGGGACCGAGGUGGGGGGCCACCUCCACCCAUCAAGAAGCCAGAGGCCACGUCCAUGUGCCACACCUACAUGUUCCCAAAACCUCUGCUGGACUGCAGCAGUAAAGAUUUGAAUAACAUCCCGUCAGACCUGCCGUCUGACAUAGUCAAGAUGGAUCUGUCCAGUAACACCAUCAAACAUCUCAGGCCCAAACAGUUCCUGCUGUCCAAAGACCUCAAGCUGCUCAACCUUAGUGGCAACAACCUGCAACAUAUAGAUACAGCUGCAUUCGCAGGCCUGCUGUACCUCCGUGAGCUCGACCUGUCCAACAACAGUCUCCACUACUUCCAGUAUGGUGUACUAGAGGACCUCUACUUCCUACGGAAGCUCUCGCUGGAGAACAACCCCUGGAUCUGCGACUACAACAUUCACUACCUGAUCUAUUGGCUCAAGCACCACCCCGGCGUCUACUACACUGGCCUGAUCUGCUCCGAGCCACAGGAGUUCAUGGGCUGGCGCGUUGAGGAUUACGUCAAGACCUACAACGGGGAAUGUCCCAAGGAUAAACAAACUGGAGGAAUGGAUACGGGACAGGGAGGACAAGGGGGGACAGAAAAUGAGGCACAAGAGGUGAUGGGGGAGACGGUUGUUGGGCAGGGUGGGCGUCUACCGCAGCACCUGAAAGAGAAAAAGAAGCCCAACAAGUUUGAGAUCAUCAGGCUGAGUUAGAAAGGUGGUGGAUCGGUGGACAGGUGUGGUUUAGUGUGGAGGUCAAAGGAGUGUUGGAUUAAAAUGGAGGUCUGUGGACAGGCUGAAGAAUGGAUUCAUAACAGUAGACUCAGUGAUCUGAUGUUUAAAUAAAAGCUGAUGUGUAAAAGUACAAUUUGGGGAAAAAAGAUCCAUUGCCCUUUUAGUGAUCAAACAAAAAGCUAAUUUUAGGACAUUAACAUUUUCUUAAUGUUAUAUUGCUAAGUUUACCUUUAAACUAAAGUUUAGGAUUUGCCAUGUGAGCUUUUGUUUUAUCUUUUCUACAGAGCAUUCCCAGUCCAGUCCGUAUCAGAUCUAAUAACCCCAACAACAAAAAACGUCUCUUUGAAUUUGCCACACAAUGAACUGCAGGUGCUCUCUUAUUUCCUUUACAGUCAUUUUGAUUGAGUUCAGGAUAUACUUUUUUUUCCUUUCAAAAAAGUAGUUUGUGGUCUUUUUUGUAUGAGUUAAUGUAUGACAUUGUCUAUCUGUUUUCUGGAAAUAAAAUUGGGUUUAUUUUUUCUGAGAAUUCGUUUGGACAGACAUGACGGGGAGCAAAAAAUGUAGGUCGACAUACUGAAUCAAAUAUGACAGGAAGCAGAUGUGCUGGAUCAUACAGUAAUGUUUUGAUGAGGUCAUGUAAGUUUCCAGAUACACUGGGGAUCAACCAAGUGCAUCAUGACCUGGGCUGGGUAUCUUUUAAAAAAAUUACGAUACCAGGACCCUUAAAAUGAUCCUGAUACCAAUAGAGUACUUCAUUUGAUACCUAUUAUAUGAAUGGUUGUUUAGCCAUAAUUUCAAACAUUUAAUGGCACCUCAGCACACUGAACCCCAGCUCCGUCAAAUACACUGUGCUUAACUUCACCACACUACAGACUUGCUGCUGCAGGAGUGUGAGCUCUGCACUGGGGACAGUUGUUUAGAGUCCCACCAGCCACAAAGACACAGUGACAGGACUAACUUUUUGCAGUGAAUGGCUAAGGAGCCCCACACAUGCUGCAUUUUCUGCGCCCUCAAAUUCAUUGUUUUUAAUGCAGACGCACGGCAGGCACGCUCAAAUGCCAGGGCACACAUGCGUUCCCAAGUGAACAUUUUUCAGGCCGCGACCGCUGCGCUCUGAGAUAAACCGAGUUCACCUUUUGGAACACAGCAAUGUACACUGCAUGUGAUGAGGAACAGCCAAUCGCAACUGACAGAUAUCUUUCCGUUCUUCUGUAAAUAUCAGUCUGUGGUAAAUAUGGAAAAGUUUAUCAUUUUAGUGCAGGGCUGCCAAAGCUUUUCAUCUGUCCCACGGUCGAUAGGCCCAUACACUUAUAAACAGCACCUGGAAGAAGAUCGACUCAGCACUAAGGAUUUCAGGUAAAUAGGCUUUGAUACAGCACUUGUUAAAGUUGCUUAGCAACCUCAGCACCCUGGCGCUGCACUCUUGAAUGCAAAAAAGGCACAAAAGUUACACCCAGUGCCCGACCUCGCGUUUUCCAGGUGGUUAAAGACGCGGCAUGUGUACAGCCCCUAAUGCUACCUAACGGUUAUUAAUGGUUUAACAAUUGAGUCAAACUGUUUUGGUGUUGGUGUGACUUUGUUGGGACCGUUAAAUAGGUCAGUGUCAUAGUUAGCUGCUGCUGUACUGUUAGCUAAUGCUAACAGGGCUGACGCUGAACUGACCUGGCUGGGAGAGGAUCAGAUCCCGGUGCAAAAAGUAUCAAAUGCAGAAAUUGUUUGAUUCAAGACAUUUUGAUACUGCUUGGUACUGGGUUAUUUCAGAGGAAGGCCUACCAAUGCCUAGCCCUAAGCAUGACUAAUAAUUAUCGCUAAACGUGCUAAAUUCUAAAAAUGGCCUGAUAACAGAGCUUAAAUGUGACAAUGAUGCAUUUUGACACCAAAUCAAGUAACUUAGCCUUCUCCAGAAAAUGCCCACAUGUUACUUUUCAGCAAACACAAGGUAAUACACACACCCACAAAACUGAUGUCUAUUAAUGUGGUUUAAUUUUUUUGGAAGCCCAUGGCAGGAAGCAGUCUUCACUGAUUGUCAGCUAAUGCCACCAAGUGUGCUGAACACACAACAGCCAACCUCCUUCUUUUUGAAACUUGAAAUCUUAUCAUGCAGAUUCUCAUUCCAUGCUAUGGUCAUAUUUUGGGCCUUAAUGUCAGUUAAAAACAGGAUAAUUAAUCAGUGUCAGUGAAGGUAUAAAACACAGACCAGAUUACAUUUUAGCAGAACUUUUUGUCACUAAAAUAAGUAGGUCACUGAGGAUGAUUAAGAUGAUUUUAUAGUGAUAGAUUGAUCAUGUAUUGCUUGUCAUAUGGAGCAGAUUUUUUUUUAUUUUGGAUUACAGGACAAGUCCACACCUGGAUUGUUUCCACAGCUGUUCCACUUGUAACUUAAUCAGUGAACAUUAAGGCAGAUUAACUGCAUCAGUGUAAGAAACUAACAAUCAGUGCAAGUCCUGCUACAUGACUUCCAGAUUGGUGUUUGAAUAAGGUCUGCCAACUUGGCAUUAGACAGCUUAUACCCUGGAUGUGAGCCUCGUCAGUUCAUUCACUUCAGCUUGACUGUUGCGUUGGCAGGAAGUGAUUUUGGCAAAAGUCGUCCUUAAAGGUGAUUUUUCCUGUUUACUGGGUUGCAUGUAAACGUAGUUAAUUGUUUCUUAGCGCAGUCACAUAUGUUUUAAAUCACCUUGGUAUUUAUUGUCUGAGGCAAAGAGUAGCCAACCUGCAGCUUUAGGCGAUGUGUAACAGCACAGUGCCCUCUAGUGUUCACAUUGAAGUAGUCCACAGGAUGACAUAACACACUCACAUGGACAACUUUGAUAGUGUAGUCCUGCAAGUAUUUAUUUAUAAUUCACAGUCUUUUGGCUUGCAGCAGGUUCUCCAGGAUGAUUUCAUCCAGAGUGCAGCAGCAGAGGAUCACAGCUCGUCAUAGUGGCACCACAAUAUGGAGGUCACUGGGUGAAAUACUCAGAGUCUGAUGUACUACAAUAACAUCUAAUGUCAUUCGCAGAAUUUCAGAAGUUUAACCAGCAGGGGGAAGCAUGAAGACAAAAUACAACACAAAGAAUGUUGUUGUGUUCAGGAUAAUGGGCUGAACCCAUACUUGCCAACCCUCCUGAUUUAACCGGGAGACUCACGUUUUUCCUUGCCCUCUCCCCUUUACCUCCAAGGGUCAAGAUUUUCCCAUAUUUCUCCCGAUUUAUGAGACAUUUUCACACUUUUUUGUCCUUUUUCAUGUUUCUGCCACUGUACAGUGUGUAUAAGCUUGAGGACCAGUGGUGUAGUGGAGGGUAUACGCAGGUUUCUUGCCAUUAACAGUACACCUUUCUAUCAGCCAAAAAGCCAUUGAAAUAUAGAGGAGAGUAUACCCAUUUCCUCCUUGGUAACCGACCCAUCUACCAACAGGUACACCCACCUCAUCAACUACCACUACACCACUGCCUAGGACUCUAAAAGUCUACUCUGUCCACUCAGACAACAAUACACCUACACCAAAUGUUGUUUCCUGGCAUACGCAUGAGAGAUGGAGAGAGAAAUGGAGAGUGUUAAUACUCAAGGAAUUUCAGACAUCCAGGACAGAAGAAUUCCCAUUUACUGCAAUGCUUUUUCUAUCAAGCACAUGAUCAUACAGUUCAACAGUUGUGUUGCCGCGUUUGUGCCAGAGACUCACAGCAGAGGGGCAAUUAUUCUGUAUCUUUCCUGAGAAUUGAAAGUACAAUUAAAAGUAUUUAACAUAAAAA